AUGUUUGUUCUUGAUGAUGAAUGCUCUCUCAUAUCUCUGGUCCCUCUCGUCCACCAUGAGAAGCCACUUCUCAGCUCCUAUGCAAAAACGCACGGCACUGAGGCAGACCACAAGACUCAUGACACUGUCUCUAUAGACGAAGAGUGUGGAGAGAGGAAGGCUCAGCUGGGGAAAACUGAGGCGGAAGUGCAGCUGAUUAUCCAGGACCGACAGAAGAAUGUUAAACAGAUCAAACUCUCAGCAGAUCUCAGCAAGAAGGAUGCAAAGAGAGAGAUAGAAAACAGUGUACAAGUCUUUACUUCUCUGGUGCGCUCCGUUGAGAAAAGCCAAGCUGAGCUUGUUGAGGUGAUUGAGGAGAGGCAUAAAGCAGUAGAGAGGCAGGCUGAAGGGUUCAUUAACGAACUGGAGCAGGAAAUCACUGAGCUGAAGAGGAGAAGCACUGAUCUGAAGCAGCUCUCACAGACUGAGGACCACCUCCAACUUCUCCAGAACUUCCCAUCACUAGUGUACAAACAUCCACCCACCAAGAACAUGUCUGAGAUCAGUGUUAACAGUGAUCUGUGUGUGGGGACUGUGAUGAGAGCUGUGUCUCAGCUGGAAGAGACACUGAAUAAAGAGAUGGAGAAGCUGCCUGAGGUCAAACUGAAGAGGAUUCAGCAGUAUGCAGUGGAUGUGACUCUGGACCCUGAUACAGCAUGUUCCAUUCUCAUCCUGUCUGAAGAUGGGAAACAAGUGAGAACUGGAGACACACCACAUAAUCGGCCUGACAAUCCAAAAAGGUUUUACGGUCAUCGAUUUGUCCUUGGAAAGGAUGGCUUCUCCUCAGGGAGAUUUUACUAUGAGGUGAUUGUUAAGGGGAAGGCUAGAUGGAAUUUAGGAGUGGUCAGAGAGUCCAUAGAAAGGAAGGGGAUCAUUAUACUGAGACCUGAGGAUGGACUCUGGACUGUGUCCCGAAGGGACGUAAAUGUGUACGUGAGCUGGAUCUUUCCCCCUGUCCUCCUCUCCCUGAGAAAGAAGCCCCAGAAGGUGGGGGUGUUUGUGGACUAUGAGGAGGGUCUGGUCUCCUUUUAUGAUGUGGAGGCCAGGUCUCAUAUCUCAUCUUACACUGGCUGCACCUUUACAGAGAAACUCUUUCCAUACUUCGGCCCCUCUGAUAAUGAUGAUGGUCAAAACUCAGCGCCUCUCAUCAUCUCUCCUGUCAAUCACACACACUGAUUAAACAACGGAAAGGGAAUGGAUCAUUCAUUAAUUGCAUUAAUAAAUCAUUAAAUAUAUCAAUUUAGAAAUUAUUAUAUUUAGUCAGUCGACAUGACACAUGAUUAUAUUUUCCAUGGAUGUCCUCCGAAAUCUCAUCAUCAAAUGAAAAGUGAAACCUCUUUACUCUGUUAGGGACAGAUUGAAUAUUACUGGGAGACGGGUGGUCCAAAAUAGGGGAGGGUUGUCCAACCCUUUUUAUUGCUUUGGGGAUGGUUGUGUGUUUUCUUUUGUGUGGG